CACUGAUCCAAGUUAGGAGCUUUCAGCUGCCAGCCUUGGCCCAUCAUGUAAGUGCUGCGGAGAAUUCUUUGCAGUGCGUUUGCAGAAUUACCUGAUUUCCCGACGGCCGUGCAUCCGUCCCGGCGCCCUGCGCACGGACGCGCACGCUUCGGACGCGAAAAGGCUCCAAGUGCAUGAAGAUCGAGGCUUGUGUUUUUGCAUCUUUGUUGCAGAAAGCGAGCCGCUGAAGCUCCAGUGCGAGGGCGAUGGAGGGAGGGAGUGAGAAAGAAGGCAAAGUCUUUUGUGCUUCCCCUCCCCCUCAUCAAAGCAAAGGGGAAAUGUCUCAGCCGAAGGGAGGUAAGAGGAAGCGGGUGCUCAAGCUCCCCAGGGAGGCGUUUGAGCAGGCUACCAGUACCAGCUCAGUACCCCCCAGAGAUCUGGAUUCGAAAGCUUGUGUAACAAUCGGAGAGAAGAAUUUCGAGGUGAAGGCAGAUGACCUGGAGCAGAUCUCCGAGCUCGGCCGAGGAGCGUACGGCGUGGUGGACAAGAUGAGACACGUGCCGAGUGGCCUGAUCAUGGCUGUUAAGCGGAUUCGGGCCACGGUGAACACUCAGGAGCAGAAGAGGCUGCUCAUGGAUCUGGACAUCUCCAUGAGGACGGUGGACUGCUUUUACACCGUCACCUUCUACGGAGCACUAUUCAGAGAGGGCGACGUGUGGAUCUGCAUGGAGCUGAUGGACACCUCCCUCGACAAGUUCUACAAGCAGGUGAUUGAGAAGGGCCUGACCAUCCCCGAGGACAUCCUGGGAAAGAUCGCUGUCUCAUCUGUCUGUCCACAGCCGGAGAGGAUCAAUCCUGAGACCAACCAGAAAGGCUACAACGUCAAGUCGGACAUCUGGAGUUUAGGAAUCACGAUGAUCGAGCUCGCCAUCCUGCGCUUCCCGUACGACUCGUGGGGGACACCUUUUCAGCAGCUGAAGCAGGUGGUGGAAGAGCCUUCGCCCCAGCUUCCCGCCGACCAGUUCUCCCCUGAGUUUGUGGACUUCACCUCUCAGUGCUUAAAGAAAGUUUCCAAAGAGCGGCCGACUUACACAGAACUCAUGCAACAUCUCUUCUUCACCUCCCACGAGGCCAAAGAAACCGACGUGGCUAGCUUUGUGAAAGUCAUCUUGGGAGACUGAGUGCACUGGAGGGAGGGGGAGGAAUCUGUUAAAAAAGGGGAAACAAAAAAAAAAAUCCAAGAAAAAAACACCAAUCGCACCCCCCCCCACCACCAUCCCAUUUACCCGCAGGACUCCCUCUCACCCCUCCCUCCAGUGGCAGACAAACGGAGCCCAGAGGAGCCGCUGACGAAGCAGAACGAGGAGUCUGUCCCCGCCCCCCCACCUGGCCUCGGGCCCCCCCUCUGUGCAUCACCUGGCACGGUGGGAGGAGUUUGGGAGACGGGAGCCUCACACAGAAUCUGGAGUAAUUUAUGACGUGUGUAUGCAAAGCCUCCCUGUUUGAUUCGAUUUGCCCCGCCGCUGCGCUCGAGCGCUGUUGUUAGCGCGCUGACUCUGAGGCCUCCACAAGGGUCGAGUCGUAGUUUCUUUUUUGCUGAAAAGCAGAAGCGAGAAGAUGUGCAGAUUAUAUAAAAAAAAGAAGAAUGAUAUAAUCUAUCUGUGUAUAAUCUAAAUGUUUGCAUACUCGACGCAAGUGUUGCAUCAGAUUAUUAAUUGACUGCAUGUACAGAAUUUCUCUCUGGGUAAAAACGGGCUCAUGUGGCCAGUGAGGAACAGUUGGAGAGUCCGAUUGUUGACUUCAGGGGCUCCCCCCAGUGGUCACAAAGAGGUACUGCACUUACACUGCUUUUCCCCCCUGAUUACAGUGGAGGUCAACUACACGUUUUGGGCUCUUGGCUGCCUGUGAGCGUGAAUGUGUGCGAGCUGGUGCAUGACAUGUGUGUGGGGCAUGUUCACAAAGCUGCACGGCUCCAAAUCCAAGUAGAAACGCAGUUUUCGUGCUCUGCAACAUUUUUUAAUGGAUUUUCUGCAGCCUCGCUGCCCCCGUGAGAGCUCAACAGGCAGGGCAACACUCUUACGUUGCUUUAAAAGUACAGGCGACUCUGCAUCUGCACAUCAUGUUCAAAUGUGACGCAUGUAAUAAAGAGCUUUAUUUUAAAACUAGUUAGUGUGGUAGUCUAGUACAAGCAUAGACUGUAUAUUAAAGAUGGAAAUGGCCACUAUGACGCCACAGUGUCAGCAAGGUUCUGUCAUUUGAAAGGCGUCUAAAUAAAUUGUGAAGUUGUGCUUUUCGGUGUGACUGUACCCAUGUGGUCGGGUGCCCCAUCAGCAAACUCAGCGAUGACUGCUGGUUCAAACACGUCCAUUUACUUUUAAUGUAUUUCUAAUUUGACCCCUCAAAAAAACCCAAACAAAAGAUGUGAAUGAAACUUCCGAAUAGAUAUCAAACUUUUACACUUUACCGUGAUAAUGUAGCCAAAUGCACCAAAGUCCAAUAGAUUCCAAUAGAUAUGAGAUUCUGAGGUCCAGCAGCUUUGGCUGGUUUGAAGCCACCGUCUGCUCCGUCCCUGAUCCUUCCUGCGUGAAGCAGAAUCGCAGAUCUUUGAGUCAAAGCCGGAGCCGAGUUGCAGCCGUGCAGCUUGGUGUCGCUCACACACACUUUAAAUGUCGGGGUGUGUGUUUGCGUGUGCGUGGGCUGUGUGGGGGAAGAUUUUCUCCUUGUUGUCUGUACUGAGCCAAUCACAACCCUCUCCACUCACCAUGAAAAGAACUGGAUACUAUUGCUAUUAUUAUUAUUAAUAUUAAUUAUUGUUAUUAUUUAGAUCCAGGUUUUUUCUCCCCCCCUUUCGACAUACUUACUGCAGUUGCUCUUAUUUAUUAUAACUGCUGUUUUCCCUUUGGAAACUUGACCGAACCAUUUGAGACUCUCCUCACGUGUUCGUGUGAGCUGUGUAUGGUUUUUGUUUUUCUUUGUAUUUUUUUUUUUGUCGUGUUCUUCUUGGCUCAAACACGUGAAAUGCUUUUAAUCUGUAACUUGCAAGCCUUCUGUGUGCCUCUAUAUAGAAACUGUCUAAGGAAAACGAGAUGUAAAGAACGAUGCAGGGAUCCGCUCCCUCCCUCCUCACACGCUGCACGGCAUCAUAAUCCCACUUUGUGUUCCUUGUUGUACUGUAGCUCAUGCUCGAUUUGUUUAUGUUUUUAUGCUUGUGUUCAUCUCUCUCGUUGCCUUUGUUCUUGGCCUCUUUCUCGCAGUGAUUUCUGCGGAGGCCGAGCUGACGCCUUCUAGAUGUCAUGGAAGAAUUACUCUGAUGUCAAAACGGGAAACUUGAAGUGUUUUAAGCGGCAGAGCGGCGAGGCUUUGUCCUGGUUUGAGGAUUUACGUCAUCCUCACGCCUUUUAAAUAUUAUAUUGCUGAAUUAUCACGUGAUUUCUUCUAAUUUUGACUUUUGGGGCCUUAAACUGUGUCAAAAACUGAACCAAAAACACUUUUACCCCCGACUCUGCUCGACAUUACAGCAUCGAUAAAUCGUCACUAUAAUAAUAAUGGAUUGGAUUUAUAUAGCGCUUUUCAAGGCACCCAAAGUGCUUUACAAUGCCACUAUUCAU